AUGACCAGAGACAUCCAAAACCACUUGCUUUUCGAGGUGGCGACCGAGGUCGCCCACAAGGUCGGCGGUAUCUACUCGGUGCUUAAGCUGAAGGCCCCAAUCACUGUUGCUGAGUACAGAGAACGCUACACCUUGAUUGGUCCAUUGAACUACGAGUCCGCCCAAAUAGAGGUGGAGGAAAUCCCCUUGGCAGACCCCAAAAUCAAGGCGGCGUUGGAUAGCAUGAGCGAGCGGGGAAUCCGCUGGUUGUAUGGGCGUUGGUUGAUUGAGGGUGCCCCUCGGGUGUUGCUCUUCGACAUCUACUCAGCCAAUGGCAUGCUCAACGAAUGGAAAUCUGAUUUGUGGAACAUUGCUGGUAUCCCUACUCCUGACCAUGACUCGGAGACCAAUGAUGCCAUUUUGUUGGGUUACUUGGUUGCGUGGUUUUUGGGCGAGUUGGUUUACCACGACAGGGAAAGAGCCGUCAUUUGUCACUGUCAUGAGUGGCUUGCUGGUGUUGCAUUGCCGCUUUGCAGAAAGAGAAGAAUCGAUGUUACCACCAUUUUCACCACCCAUGCCACUUUGCUUGGUCGGUACUUGUGUGCUGGUUCCAGCGAUUUCUACAACAAUUUGAAGAACUACGAUGUGGAUGCAGAGGCCGGAAAGAGAGGUAUUUACCACCGUUACUGUAUUGAGCGGUCAGCCACCCAUUCCGCCGAUGUGUUUACCACGGUUUCUCACAUCACCGCUUAUGAAUCCGAGCAUUUGUUAAAGAGAAAACCCGAUGGAGUUUUGCCCAACGGUUUGAAUGUGGUCAAAUUCUCGGCCGUGCACGAGUUCCAAAACUUGCACGCCAUCAAAAAGGAGAAAAUCAACGAAUUCAUCAAGGGCCACUUCUACGGAAACUACGACUUCGACUUGGAUAACACAUUAUACUUUUUCAUUGCAGGCCGUUACGAGUUCCGGAACAAGGGUGCCGACUUCUUCAUCGAGUCCUUGGCUCGUUUGAACUACCGUUUGAAGCAGGCAGGCUCCAAGAUGACUGUGGUGGCUUUCAUCAUCAUGCCCGGCAAAAUCAACUCUUACACUGUGGAAACCUUGAAGGGUCAAGCCGUGGUCAAGCAAUUGGAGAGCACCAUCGCUGAGGUGCAGAAGAAGAUCGGUGAGCGUUUGUUCGAGCACUGUGCUAGAUUCCCUAAUGAGAACAACGUCAACCUGUCUCACGGCAAGGAAGUUCCUCUGAUCGACGAAUUGAUCAGACCAGCAGACAGAGUCUUGUUGAAGAGAAGAAUUUUCGCAUUGAAGAGGGACGGUUUGCCUCCAAUUGUUACCCACAACAUGACCGACGAUGCUACCGACCCAAUCUUGAACCACAUUAGAAGAGUGGAGUUAUUCAACAAGCCUGAGGAUAGAGUGAAGAUCAUCUUCCACCCUGAGUUCCUUAAUGCAAACAAUCCUAUUUUGUCAUUGGACUACGAGGAGUUUGUUAGAGGUUGUCACUUGGGUGUUUUCCCAUCUUACUACGAGCCAUGGGGCUACACACCAGCCGAGUGUACUGUGAUGGGUGUUCCUUCCAUCACCACCAACUUGUCCGGAUUUGGAUGCUACAUGGAAGACUUGAUCGAGAACACCAGCGACUACGGUAUCUACAUCGUCGACAGAAGGCAGAAGUCUGUAGAUGAGUCUAUCAACCAAUUGGUGGACUACAUGUUCGACUUCACUGAGAAGACAAGAAGACAAAGAAUCAACCAAAGAAAUAGAACGGAGAGACUCUCAGACUUGUUGGACUGGAAGAGAAUGGGACUUGAGUACAUUAAGGCCAGACAGUUGUCUUUAAAGAGAGCUUACCCAGACAAAUUCAAGAACGGCAGCAACCCAUUCCUGAACUCGCUGAACUUGAAGUUGACCAGGCCAUUGUCGGUGCCAGGAUCCCCACGUGGAAAGGUUGGCUUGAUGACUCCAGGCGACUUGGGCUCGUUGCAGGAGGCUGCUCAAUCCUUGGAGACUGAUGAUUACAUCGGUUUCAAGUUGGGUGACAACGAGGAUGGCGAUGACGAAGAGACACCUUACCCAUUGACAUUGAGAGGGACCUCUGCCCCACCACAGGACAACUAG